CCUAGCCUAGCGAGUCCUAGCAGGCAACGAGGGUAUAAAUACAGGAUCUCCUCAGCCCAGCCUCCACUCGCCCACUUCUUAGUCUGGUCUGCGUGUCUCCUCGGCGGCGACAGGACUACCUCAGGGGCCCCUAGAAGGUGGAGAUACUCGGAUUUUAAAAGCAGGAUGACCGCCAAGAUAGAAAAGGUCCUGUUGCUCGAUGGGGUGGAUCCUGUGUGUGGGGAGAUCCUGCAGAACGCUGGCAUCAAAGUCACUGUCCAUGCCAAACUAUCGAAGGAACAGCUGUUAGAAGAACUGAAGAGCCAUGACGGGGUCGUGGUACGUUCAGCCACUAAGGUGACGAGCGAGGUCCUCGCCGCGACGCCCAGGCUCAAGAUCGUGGGCCGGGCGGGGACGGGCGUCGACAACAUCGACGUGGAGGCCGCCACGCGAAGGGGCGUCAUUGUGAUGAACACGCCGGGCGGCAACACCCUCUCCGCGGCCGAGCACACGUGCGCCAUGGUGUGCUCCCUGUCGCGCUCCGUGCCCCAGGCGUGCGCUGCCCUCAAGGCCGGCAAGUGGGACAGGAAGUCGUACAUGGGCUCCGAACUCUACGGGAAAACACUCGCCAUUGUCGGCCUCGGGAGGAUUGGCAGAGAGGUCGCCAAGCGCAUGCAGUCCUUCGGCAUGACCACCAUCGGCUACGACCCCAUGAUCCCCGCCCACGUGACCGCCGACUGGGGCGUGGAGUCCCUGUCGCUGGAGGAGCUGUGGCCGAGGGCGGACUACAUCACGGUGCACACGCCGCUCCUGCCACACACGCGCAACCUCAUCGGGGACCAGGUCCUGAGCAAGUGCAAGCCAGGCGUCCGCGUCGUCAACGUGGCCCGAGGCGGCAUCGUGGACGAGGCGGCGCUGCUGGUGGCGCUGGAGGACGGCCGCUGCGGAGGGGCAGCCCUGGACGUGUUUCUGGAGGAGCCCCCGACGGACCUCACCCUCUGCCAGCACCCGAAGGUAAUCUGCACUCCCCAUCUCGGAGCCAACACCAAAGAGGCGCAGCGGCGCGUGGCCUGCGAGAUCGCCCAGCAGAUGGUGGACAUGGUGCAAGGAAAGCCCUUGGUGGGAGUCAUCAACGCCCCGGCACUUACCAAUGCCACCAGUGACGCCUGUAGGCCGUGGAUCGAGCUGGCACAGUCACUGGGCUGCCUCGCCAACCGGAUCUCCCAGCCCACGGACACCCCCUCCCUCUCCAUUUCCCUCCAUUUAUAUGGUGCCGGCGUGUCUAAGAUGAAGACGUUCCUCGGUUCGGCCGUCCUCGUGGGGCUACUGAAGGAGAUGACGAGCUCGGACAUUAAUCUGGUGAACGCCCCCUUGAUGGCGCAGGAGAUGGGGGUCACUGUCACCGUGGACGACCAGCCCGACAGCUGCCCUUCCAUUGCUGCCGCAGGACCCGAGGCCAUGGAAGUCAAGGUCACCAGAGGACUCAAUUCGCACACGCUUUUGGGCAACGUAUCCGGCGGCCAGGCUACCCUCUACGGCCUUGACGGGUGCGUGUGGGAGGCGGGACUCACCCUGGGGCGCAACAUGCUUUUCUUCACCGCCUCCCCCGGGACCUCCCCGCUCGCAGCCAUCGCCACUCAGCUGGCCGGCCUCCAGGCCUGCCUCACAUCCCUCUCCUCGUCCGUGCCCAGCGCCAAGGAGGGCUGGCACGUGGCGAGGACGCAGGCCGCCGUCGACUUCCAGAGCGCCAUUCCGAACGCCAGACUCGUAGCGCAGGUGUCUUUCUGAGCCCUGCGAAUGGACCAGGGCGGGGAGCUCGCUUGAAGGAUCUAAUGCAUCAUUCCUGUUGCAAAUCCUAAGCACCGCCGCCAUUGCUUCUAGUCGAGGGCGAAGCUGAGUGGCGUGGGACCGAUCUUGUGCUUUGUUACUGGUUUAAAUAUUUGUUGUUAUCGCUGUUACCAUUCGCAUGCUGUUCCCUCAUCCAUUUUCUACCCGUUCUGUGUGAUGACGCGUUUACAUGAUAUUUAUAUAUAAUACAUAUAUGAUUCUAUAUGUGUGUAUGUAUAUAUACAUAUUAUAUAAUAUUGUAUAAACGAAUGAAUUCCGUUUCCCUGCAUUGUCUGAAAAAUAUUAAUGAAUCUUCUAUUAGACUUGCAUAUGUUGUAAAUUGACCGAGAGAGGGGGCCUUUAUAUAAAAUAAAUCUUGUUUUUUUUUUCAAAA